CUUUGUAUCUUGAAAGUGAGCUAGAGAGUCUUGAGUGCCAAGAACUGUUAUUUUCACUUCCCUUUGUUUGCGUUCAGUUUUAUAGUUUGUGCUGGGAAAACAUAUUGCAGACUGAAGGCUAGGCGAACAAAACAUUCGGGGUAAUUAAGCCACAAUAAACACGACGAAACGCCCAGUAAGCAAUGAAAGCACAGUCUCCAGUACAAUUCAGACAGAAUGAGGCUAGCACUGGAGAGCAAACUAGCGGACCACAGAACUAUGGGUUACUUAUUCCUUGUAAUGUGAUGGGGCGAAGUAGUGCCGUACAAUUUAACACAACAGGUUAACAGUGCCUAUGGUUUGUUGUAGUAUUAUUAUCAUUAGCCUACGAUCUGGGGUGAUCAGGUGAAUUUCCUAUUUUUUUACAACAGAGUUCGGAGUGUAUUCUCCAGUUGGAAUAGGAUCCUGUAAACAGAUCCGCCUGCUUAGAAAGCAAAACAAAAUAAAAUAUAAAAACACGUUUGUCUGCAGCGCUGGUGCAGUAGAGGUCAGCGGCAUGGACGAUCGGGACCAUAACAAGAGGAUUCUCUUGGAGCUUUUGAAACGACCAGACAAUGCCACCUGUGCCGACUGUGGAGCCCCGGACCCAGACUGGGCCUCAUACAAGCUGGGCGUGUUCAUUUGCCUAAACUGUUGCGGAAUCCAUCGCAACCUCACGGAGAUUAGCCGAGUGAAAUCGAUCAGGCUCGACUUUUGGAAUGAUGACUUGGUUGAGUUUAUGAAAGCUAAUGGCAAUGCUGUGGCCAAGCAAAGAUAUGAGAAGAACGUGCCAGCUUUCUUCUAUAGACCUCAAGCCACUGACUGCGCGGUUUUAAGGGAACAGUGGAUAAGAGCAAAAUAUGAAUGGCUGGAGUUUAGUGGUAACCACAAGGAUCCCCAGGAAACACACUGCUCUGGUUGCCGUGAGGGGUUCCUUUGGAAAAGGGGAAAGGACAACAGACAACAGUUUUUUAAAAGAAAAUUUAUUCUUUCAGAGAAGGAUUUUACACUGAUGUACUACACCAAACAAGUGUCGAAAGGUCCCAAGGCUGUCAUCUCCAUAAAGGAUUUGAACGCCACAUUCCAGCCGGAGAAAAUCAAGCAUCCUCACGGGCUGCAGAUCACCUACCUGAAAGAGGAUCACACGAGGAGCAUCUUUGUGUAUCACGAGGGAAUGCAGGAAAUUGUGGGCUGGUUCAAUGCUAUCAGAGCAGCACGCUUCUCAUAUCUGAAAACAGCUUUCCCCACUGCCAGCGACUCAGAGCUUGUCCCGUGGAUAACAAGGAAUUAUUUAAAAGAAGGGUACAUGGAAAAGACUGGUCCAAUGCAAAGGGAACCCUUCAAGAAACGAUGGUUCAUUCUAGAUUCCCAGGAUAGGAAGUUGCUCUACUUCAAGGAUCCCUUGGCUGCAGUGGAGAAAGGCGUCGUUUUCAUUGGGAACACGGAGCACGGAUACAAGGUGACGAAUAUCCUGCCAAAAAGAGUCUGGGGAAACUGCUGGAAGUGCGGCAUCACCGUGGAAACCCCGGAGAGGCAGUUCAUCUUCACCUGUGAGAACGAGAGGGAGCAGCGCGAGUGGAUGGAGGCUCUGAACCAGGUCAUCUCCAAGCCCAUGUCCCCACAGGACUAUACGAUGGAAGCCAACGUCCGACGAAGGCGAUGACAGCCCUAGGGGGACCUUAACAAACCAGAGGACCCCACUAACUCAAACAUUAACCCUUAACAAACCAGAGGAUCCCACUAAGCCAAACCCUAACCCUUUACACACCAGGGGAUCCCCACUAGCCUGUGAAGCAGCAGGGGAACCCCAGGGGCCAGUCAAAGGGACUUUGAACCAGCAGUCAAAAAGACCUGGCCAUAACUUUCACCCUUCCAGUCGCCACAGUUUCCAUUUCAUUCUGCUGCUUUGUGUUAGCAGUGUAAGCCUGUGAAUAACACCUUGAGGACUUCAAAUGAGA